AUGGAGGCCAAAUUGGUCGCCCAGUGCAACAAGUGUCACCUCUUCUUCGAAGCUGCUGGUAUCAGUCAACACCGCUCCCGAUGUGGUGCCAAUCUGAAGCGAGCGACCGAGGCGUUGUUUCAUGCGGCUGGACACGACCUGCUUGAGAUUAUGCGUGGCGCUUGGCCCCAACAGUGUGUAGGGUCUCGCAUCAGUGUCUGCGAGCUGCUCAAGCUCGCCCGGCAUCCACUGAUGCAGCGCAGCCGCUACCCAUCCAACGCCACCGAGACCAAGCUGAUGGCUGCCACCCUGAGCCAGCUGUAUUGGUCUGCCGUUCACUCGGACUAUACCGCUGAAGAGCGAGAGAUGUGCUGGGCUUUGAUUUUGGCCUUGCCUAGCAUGUUGUUGUCUGCUCCCUCGACCGCACUGUCUACGAUUGACCUGCGCAAUAUGUUUCACGAUCGUCUCCGUUGGCUUGUGACGGGGCAACUAGGUCGGGUCGUGGACACCAUGCGCAAGGCAGUCGCACGCAAGCAGAGCCGUCGAGGACAGCUGAACGCCGGCGCGGGCGCCCACCCGAACGACGCAGUCGACCAGAGCCUCAGGUCACUCGUCCGCGACCCGGACCUGGCGGACGAAGCCUGGGCAAACCACGUCACGAACCGUCUGAACCGAGGUCAGAUUGCCAAAGCAUUUGAUGCCGACAAGGCUCGUGCCGUGAUUGGUAAUUCUGAGGUUCAGGCCGUGCGCGACCUCUUGGUACCGCCCGGGCUGACCCCGUACAUUGCUUCGACCCCUGCCUCCACGUCUACACUGGCACCAGCCACGGCUGCGAGCUCCCCAACCGUGUCCUUCACCAAAGGUGAGCUCCCCAAGGCGUUGGCGGCCACCAAGGGUGUCACCGACCCCUAUGGUUGGUCUGGUGAGCUUCUUGCCUCCAUCUACCGCAUCAAGGAGCACUUCAGUCAAGUCUUGGGCCCACGCCAGGGUUCUACCAGCGACCCGACUGCUCCUUCUGAUGGAGGCGCGCCUCAGGGCCCCACCACCGCCACUGGAGGUCCUCAGGUUGCCUUGAACAAGAUCUUUCACCACAUUGCCAACAACACCGUGCCCGAGUCGAUUCGACAUGCCCUUUGCUCCAUCAACUACACUAUCCUGGAGAAGGCCAAUGGCAAGUUUCGACCCGUGGGCACGGAUUCCAUCUUCAACAAGGUUGUCAACCGCGCUCUGCUCGAGCAACAGCAGCCCCAUAUUGCCCACUUGCUACAGGCCAGUCCAGAGCUGGCCGUCGGAGUCAAGGCUGGCCGUCGGAGUCAAGGACGGCAUUUCAGCUGCGCCUGUGAGUCUACCCCGGGCUGGACCAUGCUCUCCCUCGAUUUCAAGAGUGCCUUCAACUACACCGACCGAGCACGCCUGCACGAGAUUGUGGCCGACAAGGUCCCAGGCCUCUUGCGCGCCUUUGAACGACACUAUGCUCGACCCACUACCCACUGCAUUGUCGACAAGUUCUUCAAGGUGAUUGACAUUGAUGUUGGCCAAGGCAUUGUGCAGGGCAACGAGCUAUCGCCCUUCUUCUUUGCCCUGUACUCCUGUGAGGUCCUCGGCCUCCUCGACGCCACCACUGACUACCGCUGCAAGGUCAUCAAAUACCUCGACGACAUUGUACUGAUGGGUCCCGCGGAGGACGUGGCGGCCGACGUGGAGAUUGUCAAGGCUCGUGCAGAGUCUGCUGGCCUCCAUCUGCAGCCCAGUAAGAGCCGCUUCUACAUGCCUCGCCACCAUCCCGCUUCCAUCACUGCUAUCAAGUCUGUAUUGCCAGAUGCCGUGCGCGACACGGCCAACACGGGCAUGUCGGUCUUGGGAACGCCGAUUGGCCGUCGCGAGUGGAUGAAGAAGCAGCUGAACGACAAGGCAAAGCACAUCUCUGGCAAGCUCAAUGACAUGCUGACGACCGGUGUCUCGCUUCAGGCCCUCCUCACGGCCAUGCAGUACGUGCCUAGCCUCAUCAACCACCUCUACACGCUGCCCCCAAGUCUGACGUCGGGCUUGUCCGAGCUCUUGAACCGUGCUUGCAAGGACACCUUUGUCAAAGCCUUUUUUGCCAAGGUAAACCUGUCUGCACCAGCCGGAGCUGAAGGUCAUGACGUUACGCUGGAACAGCUCCUGGAGGCUCGCAUCUUCACGCGGGCCAACACCGGGGGCUUUGGCCUGCACGACUUGGUUGAGCGCGGUCCGGUGGCUUAUGUCUGCAACAUGGCCAAGCUGGCCACUCGCUACCCUCGGGUCUACGAUCGACUCUUGGAGGAUGCAUCGAGGGCUGACGACUUUGAGGCCCACGUGCAGCGAGCUGGCUUCCAGAUUGCCACGGUCAAGGACGCGGCGACCCAGCGACCAGCUGAGAUCAUUGCCCUCCGCUCCAAGGCGGCACUUGACGACCUGAUGGCCAAGUGCGCGCUGGACCUGCAGCAGGCAUAUCUGGCCUCACGCGAGUGGGGCGUCAGCACUGUCUUGACCAUGCGGGGUCGAGACAAGUUGCGUCGCUUGAGCGACACGACCUUUGCCAUUGCGGUCGUGUCCAUGAUGGGUUUUGGCCUCCAUGAACUCAUCAACGUCAAGCCGACGGACAAGUGCCCGCUUUGCAGCAGCAAGACACCUCAGCCGCGACUAACCCGCGAGCACCUGCUGACCUGCCGUCCCAUCAAGCGACACAACGCCCUUCGCGACGAGAUGGGCCGCCUGCUCAGGUACGCCACCCUCUCCCAUGUCUGGGUGGAAAAGUCUGGCUACAACGCCAACGGUCAGAGCUGCCGCAUCGACCUGCACUGCCGCAACCCCUUUCCCGGCGGUGCUCUGGGCCCAGCUCUACCCGACCUGGGCAUUGACGUGACUGUGCGCACAGCCCAACCCCCGACCACCUCGCAAGCCUGCAUCAAGGUGGGCGCUGCCCUUCGCCGAGCCGAAAAGGAGAAGCGCGACUACUACACCGGUUUCAACCAUGGAAAAACUCUGAUCGCUCGUUCGGAACAGGCCCGGGUCGACCAGCGUCGCCCUCUCGAGACCUUAGUAGAUCAGGCCCGUAUCAAUCAGGCCCACACAGAUCAGGCCCGCACCGAUCAGGAUUGA